GGAAUUUGAUGAAGAAAAGAAAGGAAUCUGUAAAGACCCAUUUAUCUAUGAGGGAAUAACUUGAAAGUACCUAAAUGUCAAACAAUGUGAAAUUAUUUAUAUGAUGAUAGAGCCAUGGUACUAGACAAAGGACAUGGAAUUUCAUGGCUGAUGUCCAAGUGCAGUUGAUUGGCAAAGGCCAACCAAAUCCUUUGAAAAAUAUUCUAAAUGAAAAUGAUGUUGUAUUCAUCUUGGAAAAAGUGCCUUUGGAAAAGGAAGAAACAAGUCAUGUUGAAGAGCUACAGUCUGAAGAAACUGCUAUUUCUGAUUUCUCUACUGGUGAGAAUGUUGGGCCACUUGCUUUACCAGCUGAGAGGGCAAGGCAGUUAAUUGGACUUUACACCAUGGCUCACAAUCCUAACAUGACCCACAUAAAGCUUAACCGGCCAGUUACUGCCCUUCCUCCCCUUUGGGUAAGGUGUGACAGUUCAGAUCCUGAAGGGACCUGUUGGCUAGGAGCUGAGCUUAUCACAACAAGUAACAGCAUCACAGGAAUUGUCUUAUAUGCGGUCAAUUGUAAAGCUGAUAAAAAUUAUUCUAUAAAUCUUGAAGACUUAAAAAAUUCACAUAAGAAAAGACAUCAAUCGUCUGCUGUUACAGCCAGGGGCUUUGCCCAGUAUGAGCUCUUGAAGUCCACUGCCUUGGAUGAUACAGUCCCCACAUCACAAACUACGAUCACUUUGGAUAUUUCCUGGAGUCCUGUGGAUGAGAUUCUUCAAAUCCCUCCACUCUCUUCAACUGCAACCCUGAAUAUUAAAGUGGAAUCAGGAGAUCCCAGAAGUCCUUUGCAUCAUCUUCACAGAGAACUGAGAUUUCUCCUUGUUUUGGCUAUUGGUUUGAGGACUGGUGUAACUGAAUGGCCUGCACCUCUGGAAGCAAAAUCUGCUGUUGAACUUGUGCAGGAGUUUCUAAAUGACUUAAAUAAACUGGAUGGAUUUGGGGAUUCUACAAAAAAAGACACAGAGACAGGGAAGCCCGACAGUACUGCAUUUGAUCGUUCCAUCGAGUGUCUUUUCACAGUACGGGGCGAUCUGGAUUUUGCUGAGCAGCUGUGGUGCAAAAUGAGUAGUAGUGUGAUUUCAUAUCAAGACUUGGUGAAGUGUUUCACAUUGAUCAUUCAGAGUCUACAACGUGGUGACAUACAGCCAUGGCUCCAUAGUGGAAGUAACAGUUUACUAAGUAAGCUCAUUCAUCAGUCUUACCAUGGAGCCAUGGACACAGUUUCUCUCAGUGGGACUCUUCCAGUUCAGAUGCUUUUGGAAAUUGGUUUGGACAAACUAAAGAAAGAUUAUAUCAGUUUUUUCAUAGGUCAAGAACUUGCAUCUUUGAAUCAUUUGGAAUAUUUCGUUUCUCCGUCAGUAGAUAUACAAGAACAAGUUUGUCGUGUUCAAAAACUCCACCAUAUUCUAGAAAUAAUAGUCAGUUGCAAGCUUUUCAUUAAACCUCAACAUGAGCUUCUCUUUUCUUUAACACAAUCCUGCAUAAAAUAUUAUAAACAAAAUCCUCUUGAUGAGCAACAUAUUUUUCAGCUGCCAGUCAGACCAACUGCUGUAAAAAAUUUGUAUCAAAGUGAGAAGCCACAGAAAUGGAGAGUGGAAAUAAAUAGUGGUCAAAAAAAGGUGAAAACAGUUUGGCAACUGAGUGACAGUCUACCUGUAGACCAUCUGAAUUGCCACAAAUCUGUUACAGAUUUUUCUGAAUCCAUAUUAAACAGUAGCCUGGAAGAAAGGAUAUCCUAUACUAUCAUGGUGACCUGCAGCCAGGUGCAUUUCAAGUGAAGUGUGCUGAUGGGCUCCUCUAUCAGCAUAAGUCCAAAAAAGCAAAAAGAAAAACAUUACUAUGGCUGAAACAGAGGUAUGUAAAUUUUUGAAGCAGAAAAUAGAGGAAGAG